AUGUUUGGCGUUGUCUUUGGGAGUACCAGUUUCCUGAUUCGGCUCGCUUUUAAAAAGGAAAUUGAUGACUAUGUUGAGAAGAUUCAAGCCCAGAUUUCAAACAAUUAUCAAGUGUUUCUCAACAAGGUUCAAAAAGAGGUUCACGCCACAGCCACUGACGUAAGAUUGCACCGUGUCAUAGAAAGGGAGUCAUCGUUCCCUUAUCUACCGGCACUGGAGUUUGAUUUUUUAGAGUACGGUGCUUCGGAUGGAAGACUCCUAUAUCCUGACACAAAGGUAGGAAAAAGGAAGCGGAUAUAUAAUUCAUUGGACGACGAGGAGGGACAUAUACAACUCAGAAAUAUUCCGAAACAGAGUGAUCUGGGGUUACAGUAUGUGGUUCAGGUAACGGAAGCAGGCGAAUGGGGAUUUGUGACAGGAGGCUACCUCUUGCAGACGUGGCUGGAGACGACCCCAACGAGCAUUCAAUCAGAUGAACAUCCGAUCUUUCUUGUAGGAAAGUCCCAGGGGUCGAACACAGCAUCCUUUGACACCGAAUCGAAGACGACAGCAGCGGAGGAUUGGCUUCCAUUAAAUUAUGCCUCUCAAAUAGCACAGGGGAGAGGAUGGUUUAAAUCACUUCCGAGUUGGCUUCCAGAGCGAAAAAUCUUUUUACAGGCAACAGAAGAUACCAGUGGGCGGGCUUUUACUGCUUUUCGGAUAACACCUUUCAACUCCCCCUUCGCUACGACGCGCGAUGCCCCCGCUGUGGGCUUAGUCGUUGCAUAUUCGCAUGAACGUCAGAUGAGAUGGCAGCAGCAACUUACGAUCACACUGCUUUUGAGUGGUAUCGGUGGACUCGCGUUAGUUUAUCUCAUCAGUUAUAUCAUUAGUCGUCGGAUUACCCGUCCUAUCGCGGUCCUACGCGAGGGGGUGAGUCACAUCGCGGCGGGUAAUCUCGAUCAUCGCGUUAAGAUCCAAUCGCGUAAUGAGGUAGGGCAGCUUGCUGAGGGGUUCAAUCAAAUGGCACAUGACCUGAAGCAGAGCUUGGAGGAACGUAUGGCAGCAGAGCGUGCAGCGACUUGGAGAGAUGCCGCACGGCAGGUGGCGCAUGAAGUUAAAAACCCGCUCUUUCCGAUUCGACUCUCUGUUGAAAACCUGCAGCAGGCGAAAUCCAACCCUGAAGUUUUUGAGCAAAUAUUCAGUGAAUGUACGGACACAGUCAUUGAAGAGGUCGAUCGGAUCGGUAAACUCAUAGACGAGUUCCAUCAAUUCGCGCGAAUGCCGAAGCCCCAGCGGAAAUGGAACCAGUUGAAUGACAUUGUGAGAUCUGUUCUGACACUGUACACCGGUAGACACAUACCCGGACCUUGA